GCUGGCUUUGAGAUCUUUGAUUUCAACAGCUUUGAGCAGCUGUGUAUCAACUUCACCAAUGAGAAGCUGCAACAGUUUUUCAACCACCACAUGUUCGUGCUGGAGCAAGAGGAGUACAAGAAGGAAGGAAUUGAAUGGACAUUCAUUGACUUUGGGAUGGACCUGGCUGCUUGCAUUGAGCUCAUUGAGAAGCCCAUGGGUAUCUUCUCCAUCCUGGAAGAGGAGUGCAUGUUCCCCAAGGCAACUGACACCUCUUUCAAGAACAAGCUCUAUGAUCAGCAUUUGGGCAAGUCCAGUAACUUCCAGAAGCCGAAACCUGCCAAAGGGAAGGUUGAGGCCCACUUCUCCCUGGUGCACUAUGCUGGAACAGUGGACUACAAUAUCACUGGCUGGCUUGAGAAGAACAAAGACCCUCUGAAUGAAACUGUCAUUGGGUUAUACCAGAAGUCAUCUGUGAAGACAUUGGCCUUGCUUUUUGCAAGCUAUGGUGGAGCAGAAGCAGAGGGUGGUGGUGGCAAAAAGGGUGGCAAGAAGAAGGGCUCUUCUUUCCAGACUGUCUCAGCUCUUUUCCGGGAGAACUUAAACAAGCUGAUGACCAAUCUACGGAGCACUCACCCCCAUUUUGUCCGUUGCAUCAUCCCAAAUGAAACAAAAACACCUGGUGCCAUGGAGCACGAACUGGUGCUACACCAGCUGCGGUGUAACGGCGUGCUGGAAGGCAUCAGAAUUUGCAGGAAAGGUUUUCCCAGCAGAGUCCUCUAUGCUGACUUCAAACAGAGAUACAAAGUGCUUAAUGCCAGUGCUAUCCCAGAGGGACAGUUCAUUGACAGCAAGAAGGCUUCUGAGAAGCUUCUGGGGUCAAUCGAUGUGGACCACACACAGUACAAAUUUGGCCACACCAAGGUGUUCUUCAAAGCUGGGCUGCUGGGACUCCUGGAGGAGAUGAGGGAUGAGAAGCUGGCACAGCUCAUCACCCGCACACAGGCCAGGUGCAGGGGCUUCCUGUACAAUGUUCGUGCCUUCAUGAAUGUGAAGCACUGGCCCUGGAUGAAGCUGUUCUUCAAGAUCAAGCCCUUGCUGAAGAGUGCAGAAUCUGAGAAGGAGAUGGCCAACAUGAAACAAGAGUUUGAGAAAACCAAGGAAGAGCUUGCAAAGUCUGAGGCAAAGAGGAAGGAGUUAGAGGAGAAAAUGGUGGCCCUGCUGCAGGAGAAAAACGACCUGCAGCUCCAAGUGCAGGCU